AUGGACCUACUCAUUAACUCAGAGGACGAAGAGGAUGAAUCUGACAGUGAUCCCGAUAAUUCAGAGCCGGAGCAUGAAGCUGAUACCGGUCCUAGCACCGAGGAGCAGGAGUUUGUGGAAUAUUCCCUAUCAUUGGGUCAAACUGGGAGGAACGAUACCAGGAAGGUCUUAACAAGUGUUAUGAACUGAGAGUUAAAAAGGAAACGGUUCCAAUCAGAGUUGAACAAGAACCUGAGAACAUUGCAGAUUGUAAUGCACUAAAAUUUGAGGUUCUUGCGGAUGGAAAAUGGUUUAUCCUGGGGUAUUGUGGGGUGAAAAAAAUUCCAAAACUUAAAAAAGCCCUGCACCAUGGUCAAGUCAUGUCUAUAGAAUUGUGUACGCUUAAAAGAGUAUGGUAUCCAGUCAUUUCAGAGUUUAGAUUCUAA